UGCAGGUUCUGGUGGGGGCUGUGCAGGGCGCGCGAGGUGCUAGCCUGCCUCAACCCGCUGUCUUGGUAGCGGAGGUGGCCGGGGCUCUCAGCCGCGUUUCCCCCUCCGUCUUGCGGCGCUCACUUUCGUGGCUGGUGGUUCCUGAGUAACUUGGCUAUAAUGGGCUGUAGACAGCGGAGCACAGAAUAAAUCUCAGGACACUGGUCCAUUCCACAGAGUGUUUCAUGCAUUUGUGGACCAAAACAUGGGAUGAACUUUAAUUUUAAAAAGACAUUGUCAGUAAUCCUGAUCCGGCUUUCAACCUGGCCUUGAUGAAGAUGCUGUGCCUGUUUUUCUUGGACUAGUAGUCGUUCUGAAAGUCUAUUCAAGCACAGUUUCUAUUUGCAAAUUCAAAUAGACUAUUAGGAAGUGGCCUAACGACAUACUCUCUUUGGGAACUACAGAUUUCAUAGAGACUGCAGUUGGAACCCACUUAUUCUCCAAUCAAAGUGGUUUUGAUUAACUUCAUUUUGAAGAAUUUUAUAUAAGUAACACCGAAAGAUGGAAGAAAAAAAUGGUGAAGCAAAGACUUUCUGGAUGGAGCUACAAGAUGAUGGUAAAGUUGACUUAAUGUUUGAGAAAACACAAAAUGUCCUACAUUCACUGAAACAGAAGAUAAAGGAUGGGUCUGCCACAAAUGGAGACUAUGUCCAAGCAAUGAUUCUAGUAAAUGAAGCCACUCUGAGUAACACUCAAACACUGGAAAAGGACCAUACACCUGUGACUCAGAGUGAAGAGGAAAACAAAUCAAAUGCACUUCUCUCUACAUCAUGUGAAAACUCCUCUCCUGAGGACUGUACUAUUCCAUCUACAGGAAAAAAAGUAUCUCUCCCUGUGAAGAUUAAAGCUGAAGGUUUAGUGAAGAAGGAAGCCCCACUGCAUAUAUCUUUCCAUCACCAUAUCUGCUCCAGGGCUUGUCUAAUGGAAACACCACUGUCCUUGAAGGGAGAAAACCCUCUGCAGCUACCAAUCAGAUGUCACUUCCAAAGACGACAUGCAAAGACAAACUCUCAUUCUUCUGCCCUCCAUGUGAAUUAUAAAACACCCUGUGGACGGAGUCUACGAAACAUGGAGGAAGUUUUCCAUUACCUGCUUGAAACAGAGUGUAACUUUUUAUUCACAGACAACUUCUCUUUCAAUACUUAUGUCCAAUUGACUCGGAAUCACCCAAAGCAAAAUGAAGUUGUUUCUAAUGUGGAUAUUAGUAAUGGAGUGGAGUCAGUGUCAGUUCCUUUCUGUAAUGAAAUUGACAACAGUAAACUUCCACAGUUUAAGUAUAGAAAGACAGUAUGGCCCCGAACAUAUCAUCUGAACUUUUCCAGCAUGUUUUCUGAUUCAUGUGACUGUUCUGAGGGCUGCAUAGACAUAAAAAAAUGUGCAUGUCUUCAGUUGACAGCAAAGAAUGCCAAAGCAUGUCCCUUGCCAUCUGAUGGAGAAUGUGCUGGAUAUAAAUAUAAAAGACUGCAGAGACUCGUACCUACUGGCAUUUAUGAAUGCAACCUGCUCUGCAAGUGUAACCAACAGAUAUGUCAAAACCGAGUCAUCCAGCAUGGUCCCCGGGUAAGGCUACAGGUGUUCAAAAGUGAGAAGAAGGGCUGGGGAGUGCGCUGCCUGGAUGACAUUGACAAAGGGACAUUUGUGUGCAUUUAUUCAGGAAGGUUACUGAGCAGAGCCACUCCUGAGAAAACUAAUAUUGGUGAAAAUGGAAGAGAGCAACAACACAUUGUGAAAAAUUCAUUUUCCAAAAAGAGGAAACUAGAAAUUGUGUGUUCAGAUCAUGAAGCACACUGUGACAGUCCUAAUGCUGAGGACUGUCCUCCCAAGCUUAGCGGUGAUCUCAAAGAGCCCGCUGUGGAAAUGAACCAUAGAAAUAUUUCAAGAACUCAGCGUCAUUCAGUCAUUAGAAGAACUAAAUCCAAGACAACUGUUUUUCAUUACAAUGAGAAAAACAUGGGAUUUGUUUGCUCAGAUUCUGCCGCCCCAGAAGAUAAGAAUGGAUUUAAACCAGCUCAAGAACAUGUGAACUCUAAAGCUAGGAGAACUCACGAGGACUUAAGUUCAAACCAAGCUGGAAAUUCUGAAGACAAACAGGUGCCUGAAUCAGAUGUGAUAGAUAUAACUGCAAGUAGAGACAACACUUCACCAGCAUACAGGUGUAAGCACGCAACCGUAUUGAAUAGUAAGAGCACUAAACAGGUGCUUGAAGUCCCAGAAAAAAAGUCCCAAGAGGAAGAGCCUGCAGCCUCUCAAAGCCAGCAGGCCUUGUGUGAUGAGGAGCUGCCAAGUGAGAGGACAAAGAUUCCAUCUGCUUCCCUGAUGCAGCUCAGUAAGGAGAGUCUGUUUCUAUUGGAUGCUUCAAAAGAAGGAAAUGUGGGCCGUUUCCUCAAUCAUAGUUGCUGCCCAAAUCUCUGGGUGCAGAAUGUUUUUGUAGAAACACAUGACAGGAAUUUUCCAUUGGUGGCAUUCUUCACCAACAGGUAUGUGAAAGCAAGAACAGAACUAACAUGGGAUUAUGGUUAUGAAGCUGGGACCAUGCCUGAAAAGGAAAUCCUCUGCCAAUGUGGGUUUAAUAAGUGUCGGAAAAAAAUAAUUUAACUUUAUAUCUGAUAUCCAUUCAUGAAAUGAGCUGUCCAAUGUGGAACUGUAUCAGUAGUCAAUGAUAUUAUGGUUAAUACUUCUGUUUCCUUUGUUCAGGGUAUUGAUGUUUUAUGUCUAAUUUUGUAUCUUAGGUUAGAAACAAAAUAAGGGACUCACAUUCAUUAAGGAUCACAGUGUUAUUACAGUUAUUUAACUUUACAUGAGUAGAAUGUAAAUAAUAUAUUUUAUGUACAUACCAUUGUAUAAUUUGUAACUUUUGUAUUUUAUAUAUUAAUAUAAAAUUAUACUAGAA